AGCAUCAAGUUGUGGAGUUUGUGAAGCCAACAGCAGCAUCAUGUUCUACGGUUCUUCCUCUGGGGCCAGUAUGUCCCUGCCGUCCAAGAGCCGCCUGAAACGCCAGAGCAGGACCUUCACACAGGUCUUGUACCGUACUCUGAGUUACAGAGACCGUGUCCCAGUAGAAACUGGAACAAACACUCGUGGGGAUCGGCGCUCGACGACUGAACCCCCAGAGCGACCAUUGGACGACCCAGCUGAACUCUCCACACAGAGCUCGGCACCCGGGGUGCUGAAGAUCUUUGGAGAUGAGAUUUGUGCCGGUGCCAACUACAAGAGUGUCCUGGCCACGCCGCGCUCCAGUGCGCAGGAGCUGGUCAAAGAGGCACUCGACCGUUACUCUCUAAACAAGAACGCUGCCCACUCUUACGUCCUGUGCGACGUGAUCGGGCGUUUAGAGGGGGGAGGCGGAAUAGGAGGAGGGGGGUGGCGAACUGAAUGCUUGCGUGCACUGGGGGACAACGAAAAGCCGCUGUUGCUCCAAGAGCUUUGGAAACCCAGAGAGGGUCACGCCCGCAGAUUUGAGCUACGAAGGAGAGCAGAGGUGGAGGAAUUCAACGCCAAGGAGAAGGACACCAUUACUGCUGGGCCCAAAACCUCCCAAUUCCUGGCGGCUCUAAUGGGUCGGUCUGGGCUGGGCAAACACAGGAGCUCCCCCCUGCGGUCUGGUCGAGUGGUACAGUCCAGCUCUAAAGAUAUCAAUGCUCAGGCUCGUAAGCUCCAGAGGAACAGGGCGAAGGGGACGCUGACCCUUCCCAGAUCCAGCAAUUUAUCCUUCUGCCGCAGCCUCAGCGAGACCAGCCUCAACCAGCUGGGAGUGGGAGAUGAGCCCAAGCGUUAUUACUCCACCCUGCCAGGGCCCUUAAGGGGUCGAGAACGUGAGGCGGCCUCCAGCAGCCGGAGGAAAGAGGAGGGGAGUCAGGGAGGCGGAGGGGUGAGACACUCGCUUUACCAGUCCCCGCACCUCCUGUUGCUACAGGGGUACAAUCAGCAGGACUGUUUGGUGUACCUGCUGAACAGAGAGCAGCACACGGUCGGUCAGGAGACUCCGUCAGCCCGGCCCAACAUCUGCCUCUUCUCUCCUGACAUCCUGCCCCUCCACUGCCGCCUGCGCCGAGUGCCCGCGCCCCGUCGUCAUGCAAAUAACAACAACAAGGGAGAGGAGCUGGGGGAGAGUCAGCGGUCCUGUGUUGCCGUUGAGCCGGUGGUCCACGCCACAGUUUUGGUGAACUUUUCCCGCUGCGAGCGCUCCACCACGCUGCGACACGGUGACCUCCUCUCCUUCGGAGCGCAUUACAUCUUCCUGUACAAGGACCCCACAGGCGCUAAGCCUUUGCCUGCUCAGACCUUGGCACGCCUUCGUUCCCUGGGGCAGCUUUACGAUGCAGGAGUGGAGGAGGGAGAGGGCGGCGCUCAGACUUGUAAGAUGUGUGGUUCUGUACUGAAGGACAGAGCCGGACAGGUGUUAAGUGUUCCUGCAGUCAGACGCAGCUUCAAACCUCAUCUGGUAAAACCCCACAGGGAAGGGCCGGCAGCGGGAGGACCGGCCGGAGGACCCCUUAGUUUGUCAGGAGGGGAAGGAGGGGAAGGAGGAGGCGGAGGAGGAAGAGGAAGAGGAGGAGGAGGAGGAGGAGGAGGAGGAGGAGGAGGAGGAGGUCAGAAAAGAAGACUACAACUGGAGUUUGACCAGGCUCAUGAAGACCAGCUAAUGAACAGGAUUGUGUCUCUCAUAGAACCUGGAGGAGAUGACCAUAAGCUGACACCCGCCUACCUGCUGUGUCUGUGCAUACAACACUCUGCCUCAACGUUCCCACCUGGGAGUUUUGGGAAACUGCUGCUCAAGAUUGUCCGACGAAUUCAGACUAUUGCAUGGGAGAAGACAAAGGAGCUGGCUCAGAAGCAAGCUCAGCACCAGGACCCGGCCUCCCUGUCUCUGCUCAGUAUCUCAGACUUGAUCCCAGACCUGCAGACCAUCUUCUUCUGGAUGUCCAACUCCAUCGAGAUCCUCUACUUCAUACAGCAAAGAGCACCAGCGUACACACACAGCAUAGAGACACUGCAAGGGUCAAAGGAGUCGUUGCUAUCGGCGACCAUAUCAGCCAAUGAGGAGGCAAUGACAAUCUUGGAAGAAGUCAUCAUGUACACUUUCCAGCAAUGUGUCUACUAUAUCACCAAGGCUCUUUAUGUAGUGUUACCAGGUUUGUUGGACUGUAAUCCGUUCCCAGUCGACAGCUCUGAACCCUGCUGGAAAGGAGGUGUGGGGUUUCCUGAACCUAUACGCAGGGUCCUGCAGGUGUUUCAGAAUGGCCAGGAGCUUUUGCAGGGCUACCAGGUCCACCCAGAGAUUCAGGCUCAGAUGUUCGCUUACCUCUUCUUCUUCUCCAACGUGUCGCUGUUUAACCAGCUAAUGGACAAAGGUCCAUCUCGGGGUUGGUUCCAGCGCUCGAAGGUGUUGCAGAUUCAGGCGUGUUUGCGGAUGGUCAUGGAGUGGGCGAGCAAGUCCGGUCUGGGACAUCUGGCCGACAAAUUCUUCACCAAACUCAACAGUGCUGUGUCCAUACUGGCCACGCCCCCACAACAGCUCACACAGUUAAGUUGGAGAGCUUUGUCCAGUGAGCACCCGGCUCUGAAACCUGUACAGCUGCACAGGAUUCUCACCCAAUACCAGCUCACAGCAGAGAUAGGCCCAGUCCCAACGUGGCAGCCCAGCAGCGAGGAUGAGGCGUAUAUAUACAGAACAGUGGACCUCCUGGAGAGCUUUGAGAACCACCCUCCCAUAGUGCUGCCCAGCGCCGGCUUCAGAGUGGACCUGGAAAGCGAGUGUGUGGAAGACAGCAUCUACAGACAGCUGCUCUACAUCCGCCACUACCUGUGGGGGCUACGCACCAAGACGCAAACACACACCAACACUCCCAGCGUGCACACGCACUCCAACGGGACCAACACAGCUGACUGGCCCGACGUUCAGAGGGAGUUGUUGCCUCCGGCCCACAGCAGUCCCCGCUCUGGGGGUCCUGGGGAGGAGGUGACGGCAGAGACAGGAGAGGAGAGAGGACGGGACAGACCCCCAGGCCAAUCACACACACACAGCCUCAGAAGGAACGGCACCAUCCACCACGCUCGGACAGCAAAUGCAGAUCCGUCCUGCCUCCUGACCCCUCCCAACACCCCGCUGUACCCGGAAGGAGGAGGAGGGCAGAUCAUAGGCCCCAUCGCCCAGACUAACGGCUGCACCAGCAGAACUGUGGCAGAAUGUAAAAAGACCAACGGGCUCAUCACCAACGGACUGGAGGGGUGUAUUAGUGGGUGUGACUUUCCUUUCCCUGUAUCAUCCCCUGGCGCCCCUCCCCUUCCUGAUGACUUGUGUGUGGUGUUUGUAGUGGAACUGGACAAGGGACCCUACGGACUGGGCAUGGGACUUAUAGACGGCCUGCACACUCCUCUCAACGCACCAGGCAUUUACAUCCGGACUCUGAUCCCCGACGGACCUGCGGCCUCCGACGGCAGACUGAGGAUCGGAGAUCGCAUCCUGGCAGUGAACGGGACCAGUCUGAUCGGAGCAGACUACCAGAGCGCGGUAGAUCUGAUUCGCCUAGGAGGAGGUCGCCUACGUUUCCUGGUGGCGAAGUCCGACCCCGACAUCUCAGAGAAGAUCAGCGCCUCCUCAUGCUGACCAACUCUGAGCAACCGCUGCCACACGCACAACACACUACACUGGAGAGGUAGGACAGCGAGACGACGACGGAUACAGAUGUGUGCACUGAUGAACAGCACACACACACACACACACACACACAGAGACACACGCAGCAUGAAAUAUGGAUGUGAAAACUAGCACAAAAGCCAAGCAAUCAAAUUGGAGAUUAACGCUCCACGACUCCACUCCACAGCUGCCAGACCUGCUGCCCUGACGCCGACGCCAACUGGGUUUAUGUGACAGACAGAAUCCGUAACCCGCAGCGACAUCAAAGGAAUAUGCUGCGAGGAAAAGUUGCCUAAUUAAUCAGCGUUUGAGGCGGCACGUUCUAACCAGCCAGUAUGCAGUCUGAUGAGGUUUAAAGCACAGUAGAUUGUAAGGUUUUAAUUUCUCUUCAGUCGGCGCUCGGAGCAUGUGCGCACAUUGGACUUUUUCCACCUGUAUUUUAGAAUAAUUUGUAUUAGUAAUUCAGACAUUAAGUAGCAUGGUAAAAUAGCUACCCACCUCCCAGAGAAAAGGGUCUCUGAAACUGUUGGACGCAAACAGAAAACGUACUUUACGAUUGUAAAAGCAUUUGCAGACAAACACGAAGACCGACUCGGUGAACGCUGGAGGUUUUCCACAGUGCUUUUAGAGAGGAAUGUUUUAUAAUCCUGUUUGUUAGCAACUCUCAAAGCACCGCCUGCUCAACAGACGAAACUAUUGUGUAUGAAUGUAGACUUUUGUACCGAGAGUGGGUGGAAGAGGAAGCAAACUCAAGACAUACAGCCCAGCUCUCCCAUUUCACCUCAUCUCUGGACUUUAUACCUCCACUGGAAGACAGACGAGCUCUCGAGGCUCGACGUGCAGCUGUUGUGGGACAUUGUUUAUUAAUAACUGGAUCAUUAAGACAACAAGCUUCACUCCAGAGUUUCUGAUGCACAAUCCUGGCGUGUAUAAGCCACACGUUUGUUGUGAAUAUAUGCUGUGUAUCUGGUUAAGAGGUGUACAUAGUCGUUUGUAAAUAUUUAACACUUGGUCACAUAUUGUUUGGACAUUCAAAAGAGAAACUGCAUUUGGGGAACUACUCAAAUCAUUUUGUUUCCUGAAAUAUAUUCGUCACUUAACACUGAAACCUACUGAUGGAAAAAAAAGAAGCGGAAUUUUCUGGAAUGGUAGAAAUAUAGCUGUGGAUUUAUUUUCUAAAUGUUAUUCAUUUAUUUUACAGAAGAAAAGGAAUGCAAUUUGUGAAAUACAAAUUACUGCUGACAAGGCUUGUUAGCUGCACUUUUGUUUAAAGGGUAACUACACCCAAAUUACAGAAAACCAUAACGUUUACUUCUAGUGGCAUCUACCCAUGCUGAUGUUUAUUUUAGGCUUUAGAUUUUAGAUUUUUGCAUCCAACUCCUGGUUUUUCACAUCAUUUACAAAUUACACUUUUGAGACAGAGUCCCGGUUGCUCUGGAUAAUCUCACUAUUUAUAUAAAAGUAGUCCCAAUAAAGACUUCACUGUGAGGUCUGUGGAUUAUCCACAGUAACCGGGACAUGUUUUCUGGAGAAGAUGAAGCAGUAACUUUUCCCCUCCAUUGUAUUAUGGUGGAGGCAGAAAACCUCGAAGGCAUAUUUAAAAAUCUAGGCAACCAAAACUAUCAGCAUGGCUAGAUACCAGACAGAACAUGAUUUCAUGUAAUUUGGCUGUACUGACCCUUUAAAAAGAGGUUCAGCUAGAACAAUAACAAGUCACCUUGUAAAAAGUAACGCUGAGGGUGCUACAGAAGCUCAGUCAGUUCUAUGCUGCAUGGACGCCCUGGAUCAAAUCCACAUACUGUUAGAGAAACUUGAACCAGCCAAUAUUUUUACCUGAUAAAUGACCAAAACUUAUUGACUAAUCUUUUCAGCACUAAUGUUGACAAUUGUUACAUUGUUUAGUUUACCUGUGAUUUAUACAAUGGUUAGAAUUUCAGUCAAUGUUUUUUCUUUUUUUCCCCCAUCAGCUUCGUUUUACUGAUCCUGAUCAUUUCUUUGCAGUAACAUUUUAUUUUUGAGCGUUUUUAAGGUUUAUGACGUUGAUCUCAUGCAUGUCUAUACUUCUCUGUUCAUUAUUUAUACUGUUAAAAAUGAUGGUACUUAAGAAUAAAGAUUGUUGAAUACUUCCA